AUGCAAACGGCCGCUCUCCUUUUUGAGUUCGUUCCGCUUGAUGUCUUCUUCUGUUUGAGCGAAGUGGAAGACGUGAAAACCAGGCUGAAUGCAAUCUCCAACUUGUACUGUCUGACUUACGACUAUGUGCAGGAAUUUAACAAACUUCAAAACCUAAGAAAUCGCCAGUUACUCAAGCAGCUUAGUGAAAAUAUCAACUAUUUUUUGUUAUUCCUGCAACAGCUACUGGAAGACACAAAUUUUCAUAUCGUUAUUACAACGCUUAAUAUCAUACAAGUAAGUUUUCAAGCUGGCAAGUAUAGUCCACUUUGUUCAAAUUUCAUUUAUCUAGCUGGUACUAGGUAAUCGGUUGAAAUGCUCUUGCAAACGGCAGCGAAGCCUGGUGUGAACACACCAUUUUGACCAAAUGUAUGCAGAAAAUGUACGGACACCUACGAUAAAAUCUAAUGAGGAACGUUUUUGUUGUUUAAAGGACAGGGCUUACUGAUUUUUAAAUGCUUUAUCGUUUAUCACAGCCUUGCCGUGAAUGUUUCAAUGUCGAUCACAAGUCUUUUUGAUCCAUUUAUAAAGCGAGAGUUCAUUGACAAUGACAAAGUUAUAAGAUGGAAGCCCACCUUUGGCGCAACAGAGCAAAAUAACCCACGUCUAUUUUUUUAAGUUGCAAAGACUCCUAUUUGCACCCGGAGCAAGAAAAGAAGGGGCGAUAGUUCACACAUGGGUAUUUUGCUUAUUAACGGCGUCGUAAAGCAGCUAGGUAUUCCUUAUUUAAAAAAUGUUGUCUGUAAAUAAAAAUAUUAAGCUACGGUAUCAACAUCGCCGUUUUUGGCGAAUAAACGUUCAAAUAGCAAAGUGGACAUAAAAUAAAAACUUGUUAAUAACGAGCUUACAAAUACCUGAUAAAGUUGACUUAGAUUUUCGAAACCACUGUGUAUGUAGGUAUGCUGUCUUAUGCCAAAUAUGGCCAGCAAUAGGUAAGCAGUCUGGAAAUAUUUCCUUGGUGUGUGCAUGGACGUCAGCCUGAAACAAUGCUUCACUGAAAUACUGUAACAGUAUACUUGGAAGCGUAAUCGUGUAUGUACAAGGAAAGCAGUGAUGCACUGUCAGAUGAAACAUGGUCAACAAAAUAAACAUAACUGUUAUUAAAACUUACACUAAAGAAUAUCGCAAAUUCGGUGUAUUGAACCACAUAACGCAUUUAUCUGUUGCAAACAAGGUGAUCAAAAAGAGUUAGGAUUUAGGUUUCUGAAAUUUUGGCUUUAAAACUCCUUGGAAUGUUACGCAUUUCAGCGUUCUCAGAGACAAUCUUUCUCCCCUGCCAAUGACAAGCUACAGGAAGGAAAAAGAACGAGUGGACAUAAAAUGUCACAGGUUUCUAUGAAACCAAAUAUUUCAGUUCAGCAAGAAUAAAAAAUAAUGAUUUCCUUUUUCAAUUGUUUGCCUGUGGUAAAGAGUAGGUAGAAAACAUAGUAGAUGCACUUAAGAUGGUUCCUUUUAUAAAAAGGGAUUGUUUGGAGCGGCGUUCCUCUUUGAUGAAGUCGUUAACUUGGGACCACGUCGGAUCUAUCCAAUACCUUGAGAAAACCUCAGCUUUUUAUGAUAGUCGUCUGUAACUAAUAACCAGGUUUGACUUUGAGAACCACUUAGAUUUUAAAAUUAUCUGGGCUAUAGGCACGUCGUGACGACUUGCUUAAUUUAUAGUCCUUAUGGUUUCGAAUUCCGAUAGACGAGCGACCUUGAGUUUUAAAGGUUUUCGGGGUUUCAGAUCUUAUUCUGGAAGAAAUAAAAGAAGAUAUGAUACUGGUAUUUACCCAAAACAAGUAGCGACCUGAUCGAGGCCAAACCUUUCCUUCUUCCUUGAUAUAGAUUUGUUCUAAAGAACAUUUAAGCUCUGCAAGCGAAGAAAAUAAGUCACCUGCAUGCUUUUUGCCCAAUAUUUGUUGCUUUUCCGCAAAGUUGCUUUUAUAGUUUUCGUGCCAAAAUUGCUGAUCGUAUUUGAAGUCACCACCAUUGAUGAUUAUUUCAGCAAUCGUACCUUUGCUUACAACAGUUGUAUUUGAUAAUGUAAAGACGGUCUUUUUAUUACGUAGUAUGGUAACAAAGUUCCCAUUUCAGAGGUAGGACCAUCGGUAUUUGAAGGCAGAUACUUUUACGGCGUUGCUGAGAAACGCAAUAAAUACCGAUCCUUUGUGCUCAUUGUUAAAAGCCCAUUCUAGUAUAAUGCUACCCUUCUUGGGCUGUGUAAACGAAAUUACACUGAACCCUUUUCCUUUAACCUGCCAUUUUUAAACUUGUAGAUGUUAGUUGAACACCUCCCAAAGACCGUUCUUAAACAAAAUCGAGAAACUCUUCUUUCCACAACACUCAAGUUACUGGGGGAUCAAAAGAAUGUCAUCUAUCAAAGCAUUGUCGAUAUUUGUCUUUUGUUAGUCAACGUGUUGCCCGGCCGAUUUGUGAUCAGUUGCCUUGCAGAACAAACCGCAGGCAAACAACCAAACGUUCGCCAAAAUGCACUAUGUGUCCUAAAGUCCCUUCUACUUCAAAUUCCCAACUUGGAUUUAGACCAGCAUGAACUCUGCAAGAAACUCGCUCCCACCGUCUUCGACGUAAUACCCCAGGUUGGUCAGUAGUUAGGGCCAAUAUAUCUGCACUGCCCUUCUUCUACUUUACCAGGACCUACAGGUCUUCCACACCCAUAAACCGGUUUUUAUGCCUAAUACGCACACAGGUUCGGUUCUCGGGGCUGGAGUGUUUGGUCGUAGUUGCACGUUGCAUCCAACAAAGACGACAGAAUAAGGUUGAGGAGGAAAACUAUUCGAGUUUCUUUGAGGCUUUUCUCCAGGGUGUGCCGGUAUCCGUCGAACAAGCGGACAAAACUGCCGCCAUACUCUGCUUACAGCAGCGUCUCGCCUGGUACGACCUCCCCUGUCCUGUACUUCAGGGCAGUAUUCUGAUGCCUGGACAAGUUCGUGAGUUUCUUGAUAAUCUUUUUGCUUUUCGGUCCCCCAAUUUUGUUUAUAUUCUGUGAAAAGAUUAAAAAAUGGCUUAAAAUACUUAAGAUUGCAUAGUUUUUAUCUAAAUCAAGCACCGAGAAGUGAAGAAUAAUGUGUCCUAUAUACAGGCAAAUCUUGAUAAGAUGACUGAAUUAGACCUUUUAAUAACUUAAGACGCUGCAGCGUGCACGUGAAUGUAUAUUUGCUGGGACUCCAAUUUGGACUGCAACCACAUCAGCGUUGCAACACGUUCAUUUGGCAGGGAGGAGAGUAAUAAGUUAACGAACUUACAUUUCUUCAACCACUCAAAUCGUUUGCUGUGAGCAUAAAAAGUCAGGCAAGAAGAAAGACUGCUCGGGCCUAGAACCAUAAGUCUCCCUCUUUGAGUCUUCGAGUUAAUAAAGAAUGUGGAUGUAGAUUACGGACACCUGGGACUGCGUUUGUCAGAGUGAUGCGCUGCUUCUGUGUAUGUCUGAAGAGCGCCUUCACAUGACUUCAAAUGCGUGCCAACGAAUGACCGUGGUUAAUGGUAGAGAUGUAAAAUGCAGGCGUUACUUUGCUGCCUUAGCGCCGGACCCGGGUGGGUAAGGGAGGAUAGUUUGUGGUAGAUGAUGCGCCAGUUUAUUAUUACCAUAAACGAAUUCAUGCGCAAGUAUCUCUCCCCGCGUCCACCAUGUGACAGGGCACACGAUGGACGUCGUCGUACCCUAACCUUUCGUGGCAGCAUGUUAUGCUGCCACGAAAGGUUAGGGUUGUCUCUUUCUGGAUGAGGUUGUUCGCCUCCCUGCUUUGGCAUUAGAGACGUUGGAUGAAAUUUCAUAUCGCAAAACCUGCAGUUGUUGCCGUGCGGCCCCUUAAACCCCAGGUCGUGUACCAUCAAAGCCAAGUGUCAUCCUUUCGCCCGUCUCAUAGGCCUUGAGGAAUGCUUUCGAAGAUAGAACACAAUGCAUCGGAGAAUCUCAAGGCCGACAAACACCUCGUUAUCCUGUCUUCGGAAAAGGGACCUUCCACUGUCCUACUGGACAGGACAGACUGCAGAAUCAGUUGGACGUUGUUGACAGUUGAAAACUCAGACGCAGUAUAGCUUAUCAAAUGAAGUAUGGUGAGAGUCAAGGAGGUGACCUCGAUCUGAUUCUACGUCCUUUCAAAUGUAUAUCAAAGGAACUCUGUUCUCCGACCCAUCGUAUAAUUCAAAAAUACUCAGACUUACGGACAGGUGAAGCGGUUGUUUGGACGUAUCAAAUUUCAGACCUCUUACCCAAACACAAAAGUCAUUGCAAUAAUACAGUCCUAGAAAAGUCUUAAACAGCCAAGUAUCUAAAUCUGGUGGAGUUGCGGACAAUGCAACUACCUCGAAAAAACUGAGAGAUUACUCCGGACGCGAAUAGCCGCAAAGACAGCAGCAGCGGUGAUAGCGAGGAAUGACUUUGGCUCUGGAUUCGCGGUCUAUGCGAGGAGAGCUGGCUACAUCUUCAAGAUUAGUGGUGCUUAAAUGCUCGUGAGAUGUAACAACCACCCGAGUAUCGAACUUUUCGACUUAUGGUUCUUCGGUCUGAAGACUAUUAACAGGUGUAAUGACCAAAUCUCUCCAUAUUUAUUGAUGAGACUGCAUGGACAAAGUAGUCGGUUGCGUAGAGGGGGCGCAGAUGAAUACCGCUUCUAGAUAAAACAAUAGCGAACCAAAUGGCUGAGUAAUGAUCAGGCCAACAAUCAACCAAGAUGAUGAAAUUACGCCAAUUAGUGACUCGGACGUGGGCGGGCAAGCGAUCAUCUUACCAUUGGCGAAGAAUGCGGAGGUUGUCAACUAUGAUGGGUGACAUGGCAACCGCAUUCUCUGAAUGUUCACGCCCUGCGCUUCCAUCACCCGUAUCUGCAGCUGUCUCUGAUGGUGAGUUCGAAUGAGGAUCCGAACCGGCAAACGAAUAAAAUUCUUGCUCUCGAGAUGGCAUCUUCUUCCUCUUCGUCUUCUUCUCAUCUGCUCCCCGGAACUCGCAGUUUGUCCUUAUCGGCAACUGGAAUAUUACCAGCAAAUUAUGACAAAGUUUUCGUUGCUGAGUAAACGCAACUGUAGCAAGAUUAUAAAGGCCUUGAGGGUACUGGGAUUAGAAACAAAAUUAUUUGCGAAUUGACAUCGUUCGACAAUCCGCCUAAGAUAUUGUAUGAAUGGUAUCCGACUUUCCCAAUAGAAACAAAGAGACGAGUCGCAGGAAGCAGUUGUGAAGGAGACACGAUCGCUGGAACAAGAGCUUUAUUAGACCGACGUUUCGGAUUCCUGCUCAAACCUAUCUGCUUUUGUCUCUGUUAAUAGGUUCGAGCGGAAAUCGAAAACGUCGGUCUAAUAAAGCCCUUGUCACAGCGAUCGUGUCUCCUUCUUCACGGUAUCCGACUUAAGAUUUGCCACUGGUGUGCCUAAAACUGAAAAUUCUCCUGCUGUAUUGAGGCAUCAUAUCUAAGCACAGCGGAGGACAGAGUUACAAAACUAGAGAAAAACAAUUACGCCACCUAAUUUGUGAUGUGUUACACUGCUACGGUCUAAGUAAGUGAAAUCUACACUGAUAAAACAUGCCUCGGAUCACCCUUAGUGCCACCGAGAAACUUUUGAUUGGUUGUUGGAACCAAUUGUAACAGUUUUUCAGUAUGUUCCAGAGGGAGCUAAAGUUUUUAUCUCCGGUUGCAAAAUAUGAUGUGCAACCGCGAUGUCAUCGAACUUUACCAGAGGCCACAGUUAAUUUACUAGGACAAAGCAAAGGCAACGAAAUAUCCAGAGUUUAGUGCCGUCAUAUAAUUUGGUAACCUCCUAUUCACCUGCGUACGGUCAUUGUGAAUUAAUAAGAUAAUGAAAUAAACCGUUCAAUUAGAGAGCGACCUAAAGGGGUGGAAGGUGACACGUAAAUAAAAUAUGGAUUUCUGGUGCACCUGGCCAGGGGGGAAGGGGAGGGAACUUAUAUAUGCAAGCGAAUUCAGAUUAAUGUGAAAACCUGUCGAGCGUGAUUAAAAAUGUAACGCGGGGACAGCAGUCAGUCAAUCGAGGAGACGUGAGAGGACGGGAGAGGGAAUGGGGUAACGUCCUCUCAUUUCCCCCGCCUACCCGACUGCUGUCCUGCGCGUUACAUUUUUAAUCACGCUCGACAGGUUUUCACAUUAAUCUGAAUUCGCUUGCAUAGAUAAGUUCCCUCCCCUUCCCCCCUGGCCAGGUGCACCAGAAAUCCAUAUUUUAUUUACGUGUCACCUUCCACCCCUUUAGGUUGCUCUCUUAUUGAGCGGUUCAUUUCAUUAUCUUAUUAAUUCACAAUGACCGUAUUCAGGUGAAUAGGAGGUUACAAAAUUUUAUGACGUCACUAAACUCUGGAUAUUUCGUUGCCUUUGCCUUGCUCAUAUUUGUUCCGGGAAAAUAGUGUUUAAAUUUCUUGGUAAUGCCAAGACUGCCAUAUCACAGUUUGCGUUUCCCAAUAAUUAAAAGUCAAGGCCUACGGACAAGGAUCUGCCAGCGAAUUACUUGAAAAAAAAACAAUUUUGUGCAUUGAUUUCCUUUCGGGAAAAGGGCGAAAAUUAUUGGUCGUUACGCGAGAAUCCGUUUUAGUAGCCCUCUAGGCAGGUUACUGAACCACUUUCUUAAAACCAAACUGGGAUUCGACUGAAAUGGUGUAUUUUUUUAUAAAGUUUGCCUGUUAUAAAAAUUUGGGCAAGGAUGCAGUACGUGACCCCACUCAGGGGAACAAAAACCAGCUCACCGUGUAGAAGAGGUUUUAUAGUUUGGGCUGGACGGCGGAAAGAAGAGCGCGUUAGUAGGUAAACAUUCAAAUAAAUGUUGAGGUGACAUAUUGCGUCCUCGCGAUAAAUUCCUCUACAGCUACAUGCAGAGGCGCACACGUACCAGUAACCCGAUCCCUGGGGCAUGGUGAGGGUAUCAAGAUAUCUGACAGUGCAAACAAAAGUUGAGGACUUUUCGCCGUGCUUCCAGUUUGAUUUGGAAAAAGAAGCAGAUGACACUCCACCUGGCUACGAGGGCGAGGAGGCGUCAAUUAUAAAAGAAGGUGAUGACGCAAUACGUCGCGAUGGCUCGGUUUUUGUUCCCUGAGUGGGCCGCGUGCUGCGUCCUUGCCAAAAUUUGCUCGCUAAGCUACAAGAAUUUCCAGAAUGUGUUAGACUUCAUACACUCGUACACUGUACACGGAGCAAUAAGUUCAGACGACUGCGAAGGCAUCAAAGGACGUUAAGAUCGUUGCAUGAGCUUCUAGUACAAUGUAGAGGACAUAAAGAACGUUGACUGUUUCGUGGUCUCAGCUGAAAGUACCUAUAUAAUACAUAAAAUAAAACAAGAUAUUUUUUCUCCUUGUCCGUCUUCUCUUACUUGUUUUGUACAGAUUUAAAUUCGUCUUCAAUUCUAGCCUACUAAUCCCCUGUCCUCCUCCUCCUCCUCCUCCUCACCUUCUCCCAAUUCUGCCGCCGCUGCCGUAUUCUUCUCAAGCUUCUUCUACUUCUUCUUGAUCUUUUUCUUCUCCUACUUCACCUCUAAAAACCCCACGACCAUUCUCCUAGCCGACUGA